UUCGUUCUGUUCCAUAAUUUUUAGGUUUCAUAACAUCAAUCAAUUCCGUUGAAAACAAUAAUUUUCGACUUGAACCGCCUUCCGGUGGAGUUCUCAGCGUGUGAGCACGUUGGUUCGCGGACAGUGCGUUAGAAGUUUGAGUAACUCGCGGGAAGGAAAGAAUUUUUUUUCGUUCUAUAGUGGCUCGGCGGUGCGGCCCCGCGAGACACCCUCGGUAGUCAAAAACAGCAAAGUCCAUGUGACUAUAAACGAAAGCGGUGGAGCUGUGUCGAAAAUCUUUGAAAAUAACUAUUAUAAUGGAUGAACGUAAUCAGUUUACGCAGUCUAGGCCAUUACUUAGCGGUCGUGAUUUGCUCGAACAUCAUGUUGGAAAUUAUGAUUUUCACAUUAAGAUUGAUCGAUUGGUAAAACCCGAAGAGGAAUUAGAACAUCAAGAUCAUAUAAAACAAAUAACAAGUAAUCUGCGAUUAUUACUUACUCAACAACGUGUCGGUAAGGUAGAUACAUAUUCUAUUGGAGAGUGGAUAGAUGAGAGAAGAGGUGUAAAAAUUACGAAAGCUGUUGGAAAAUGGAACCUGUUCGGUUACGUAGAGGAUCAAAAUCGUUUCGUAGAAGGAUACGAAGCUUUGCAUCUGAUGGAAUUGAAUAGAUUGGUAGUCUACUGGAACUCUGUAGUCAUAUCACUGGAACAAGCUUAUACGUUGUUUCUCGGAUACCCCGGUUCAAUUAGUUUGGAAGAGUACCAGGUGUACAAUACAUUAAUGAGGGCAGGAUUCUAUGUACUGAAAUGUAACUCCGGUCGGUCAUAUGAGACUAAGACUGUUCAAGACAAGCAAUUGGAUAUAGAAGAACAGUGUGUCUGGAAUAAUCUUUAUGAACUGCUGAAUCAGUCGCAUUUACCGAAGAAUGUUUCGGAUUGCAACACUACUACAGAAAUGUACCAAAACGUUCGUAGUUCCAUGUUGAAUAUUGGACACCGAAUAAUGGCCCAAAUAAAGGUAGACAAUUGUACUGGAAUCGAAUCAGAAGGUGGUUCCGCAAAACGAAGAGUAUCUGAUUCUAACGAAGACGAAUGUAUGAAGCGGAAUAAAGUCGAACAAAGUUCAUGCGAAUCGACAUUCCGAACGAGACUCGAACAAGUCAGUAAUCUAUUUCAAACUUUUGACAUUAUUAAGAAUUCACUGGAUGAUUUACCGGAGUUAAGUACAGAAGUGCCACAGUCAAAUCUUUUAUUCGAUUUGUUUUGUAUCGAUGGAUCAAUCUUUCGAAAGAGUAAACCUGUUCCUCCGGAUUAUCGAAUUCUCGUUAGGACCUCAAACGAAGAAAUUCCAUCUGCCGCUGAAAUAGCUCAUUUAUAUCGCACUCAACAAAAACCGGCAGUUCCGAUUCUUCUGAUGUUGGUUUCAGAUACACUGUCCAUUCACUGUUUCUUGUACAAUUUCUAUCGACUACCAUCAAAACUCAUAACGGUGUCAUAUCCGAGUUCGGCAAGGCAGGAAGAUUUUACUAGUGCGGAAUACUUAGAGUCGGAUGAUGAUACGUGAGCCUGUUUAUCGGAUGUUGAAAGUAGUUGAAUAAAAAAAUAUUAGGUUGUUGAAUUUUUUGCUAAA